AUGGCGUCGAGUGGAGCUAGUGAAUCGCGGAUUACAGGGGGUUCAUUGCUCCCCAUUGUGCGAAAAUCAGCUGAUCGAGAGUCGUUGGAGUUGGAUGCUGGUGAUCGACUAAUCGCGCUACCAAAGUGUUACAUCUGUGGAGAACGAUUUUCCGGCGGUCUGCUUGAGUUGGAUCGACAUCUGGAGCAACGGCACGCGGCUGACCUGAUGCCGUACCGGUGCGAAACGUGUGGAGUCGACGGAUUCGUGCCGAUUCGGUCGAUGCGCGCUAUAAAUAAACAUUUCGCACUGCACGACGUCCAGGAACGGCCACACCGGUGCGUCCAUUGUGCGCUGCGCUUCCGGACUGAGCGCAAUUUGCACUCGCACGUUCGGUUGUUCCAUCGUGGGUGCGUCCGGUUGGAUCAAAACACUCCACUAUCCACCAGCCAACCGGACCCAGCGGCCGAUGGCACCCGCCGAUUCCAGUGUCGACACUGUGGCUCCAGCUACAGCUCGCCGAGCGCACGGAAGCGUCACGAGAACACCCACACGCAUCGGAUCCGCUACCGGUGCGCCGAGUGUGGCAAAGAGUUUGCCAAGCUGGACUGCCUGACGCAGCAUGAGCGGAUCCACAGCCAGACGCGGCCGUACGCGUGUGAUCAGUGCCCGAGUCGGUUCAUCCAGCUGGCGCAUCUGCGAAUCCAUAAGCGAGCCCGCCAUAGCGGAGAGCGGCCGCACGUGUGCGCCAUCUGCAAUCGGGGCUUCCGGUGUCGGACGGGACUGAAGGUUCAUGGAAGGAUCCACACUGGCGAGAAGCCGUUCCGGUGCACGGUGUGUGAGGUGGCGUUCGGUGACGCGGGAACGCUGAGGAAGCAUGGUGCGGUGCAUCGCGAGUCGUCGAUUGGCAAGGCUGGAGCGUAUAAUGGGCGCCGGUUGGCGAUCAGCACUGGACGUGGUUGA